UCUCAGGAUUCACCUCAAAGAUCCAAUUUCAAGUGUCGACUCGUUGGGAUCUCUGCUUACUGUAGUGUCAGUAAACAUGUUUUUCCUGACUGACACAUGAACCAUGACGUGACUGUUAGCGGUUUACUUUCGGCUCCAUCAUGAACGACAUCAUGGAGGAACAGGAGAAGGAACAGGACAAUCUGGUAGCUGGGUCUCCCUCCAUGACAGCAGGCAGUAGCAGGAGCGGCAGAACCAAGCCGGCUGCAGACGGAGUUAACAGAGCGGCGGUCGAGAAGAGAGGACCGUAUAUAAUGGCCAAAUCUAUCAACAUGAAACUGCAGAGACCCAGAGAAAUGGCCAGGAGAGUGUUUAAGAAGAAAGGUUUUUCCUCCGGGGUAACAGUCAUGCAGCAGCCCAGACACGGAUCUAAGAAUGUGAAGUUUAAUAAAGGAUACGCAGCACUCAGUCAGAACGCAGAAGAUCCACUGGUGUCUCUGGACUCAGACAGUGAUGUAGAGCUGGAGUAUUCGUCUGGAUAUUCUUCAGCAGAGAUUCAUCCAGAUCUCAGCCGCCAGCUGCUAAAAGACGGAUACCGGCUAGACGAAAUCCCUGACGACGAGGAUCUGGACCUCAUUCCUCCCAAAGCCAUGGGUUCAUCCAUCUGCUGCUGCUCGUCCGACGGCCCGUCGUGCUGCCUGCAGUGACCCCAACCCAGGAAGCGGCUUUUGCUCAGCGCAGGAGCGAAAUCACGCCUUUAAAACAGAAUCCGUUACUGAAGCGAGCGUACCUCUGCAUCGUGGAACCGUCUGAAGUCCUACCACACCACAGAGGAACGUUCCUGACCUCCUGUAGCGAUGUCACUAAUCUAACCCCACAUCCUCAGCGUUUCCCCAGCAGACGAACAGAGACAUGGUUAAUUACUGUCAUGCAGUUUUAGCGAAAGGUCACGGCGUGAGAGUCGGAAUUAUAUCGACACGCAUGUACGUAUCUGCAUGAUCUCUGCGUACCGCAUCUGUAGCAUAGCAAAUUUCUGUUCUUGUCUGCGUCCCUGUACUGAGAAAAGACGGCGCUUGCGAGAUACCUGCACUUUCCUGGAAUGUUUUUAUAAACCUAAAAACUCUAAAUCUGUAUAAUUCUGAGAUGGGACUGCUGUUUCAGACAACGAACGUAGCCCAAAGUAAACACAGAAGUGCCUCUGUUUUGAUUUGUAAAUAAACCCAGAUGCUACAGAUGUGGUGCAGAACAGGUUACAAUAACUAACAUUCUCCGCCCCCUUUUUUAUUAUAUCAGAAAACAGAAGCAAGUGAUGGAGCAAGAUCUGAUCUGACUCCUCCUCAACUAAAUCACUGACUUCUCACCUAUUGUGUGAAUCUGUGGAAGUUCUUCCUUCCUUCAGAUAUGUUAAGAUAUGUUAAUCUAACACUUACACUUAAGCUUUCCUUCGUAUAUAUUACUGACACCUCCACGCUUUAAAACAUUGCACUCUGACGAACGGCUGCCUGGAGAGAUGAGAGAGCAGUAUUUUCUUUUCUUUUUGUUUUCUCUUCAGUUUUUAAUGGCAUUACAUUACACGUUACUGAUAUGUGAGGGGGGAAAAAACAGUAAACCAGCUGUCUAUUUUUUACUUAUUAUUUUUAUGUACACUUGUAUUGUGCUUGUUUUUUUUUUUGUAAACUAAUAGAUUAUGCUUUAGUAGUGAAGGUUUCAUGGCAUUUAAAGGUGCAUUUCGCGAUAUUUGCUCGUUUGGGAUUUUGUUUACAUUUUUUCAGACCCAGAAAUUUGCUCCGACUCCAAAUCACCAUGAAAGUUUUUUAAAGAUAAGAAGAGAGAGAUUCUGAGAUUCACCUCGCGGUAUGAGAGUGAGAAGAGUGACAAGGUUGUGAUGUAGUUAGUUAUAGCAUCGAGGCGUAUCACAACAUAUAACGUGUAUUGUGUAUAAAUAUAUCGAAUCGAAUUAAUAUAUCUUUUGUUUUGUGAAAGUACAUAACAUUCGGUCGGGCAACAUGUGUGCUCUUAAUCCAUCAUGUGCUCCUGCCACCAUGUUUCACACCACUUAAGGUGCUUGGACCCCUGUGUCACUUUAGCCCCGUGUUUGUCAAACAAACCCAGAAUUUCUCUCGGAUAAAAUGUAAAAAACUUUUAAGACCCGAAUCGUAUCACUACGUCGUUGCACACAGUCUUUUACUUUAUUACACGUUUAAUACAAUUCAGCUUCAAUCUGUUGCACAUUUCAAUAUAGGAAAAUAAACCAGGACAAAGAGCAGGUCUUUUACUUCAUUUACCUAUAAGGGACACUGUGAUAUUUUAUUUUCUCCACAUUUGAAUGGAAAAUAAAUAAGAAAAGAAAGGAUUGCAAACCUCCUGUGCUAGGAUAAGUAGGACUUAUGUUGAGUAAAGUGUUUAGUGUUAAAUGGAAGCGUAUUAAACUACACGUUUGUGUGAGGGGAAAAAAAAGAAAAGGGAUGUGUUUGAUUAGUUAGCUGAGAGAUUAUUUACCAUGUUGAUGCUUUGUGUGUGUGUGUGUGUGUGUGUGUGUGUGUGUGUGUGUGUGUGUUGUUUGGAGUGAACGUUAUUGUUGCACUUGGAGCUCUGAGUGGACUUUUCCUCUCCUUCACUAUGCAACUAAUCGGACAAUCUUUCUUCUUCACCCUCUAAGUAGCGAUUAUGGAUCAUCACUCACGCAAUAACUUCACUUUGUUUUCAGUGUGAAAACCUUUUUUUUUUUUUUUAUUUCCAUCUACAUAUUAAAAAUAUAAAAAGACUUGCAUUGUUAGUUGAACAUACCUGUAAAAUAUAACGGCUUUUUACUGUAAGUAAUCAGUAACCAGUAUUUGAAUAAACUAUGUUUGAGUUUA